UUGAGUUUCUGUUGCUGCCUUGCUGUGAAACAUGGUGCAAAAUUAGAUAUAAAUAACGUCAGAAUGUAGCGAAUCUGUUUGAAUUUUGUAGCCCGGGAAAAAUUCCGCUGUCCGUUAUAAUGUAACGCGCAAGGAUUAUACCGUCGUCAACAACGGCUAGCUAAAUUCAUGUCUGUCGCUACUAUAAAACGCGUCCAUAAAUCGUUCCAGUGCAAAUUCCUGUGACUGUGAAAGUUUGUAAGAUGAAGCCCAACGUCUGGAAUAUAAAUGAGCUUUUGAACAUCCCCGCAUCUUCUGGAGGGAUUAAAACUGGUAAGGGGCCUGGAAGCAAUGACUUCUCCAGACUGACUGACUCCCAGAUUCUGUUGAGCUCUCAGUUCUGGCCUGAAAGUUCACAUAGCUUUUCUCAAGAUAUGAGCGGCCAGAGCGGAGGCUCUCAGAAAAACUCACAAGAGGUGAAGAAAACAACGGUAUCUAGCAGUUACAGUUCUAAGCCUUUUUUGUUUGAUGGUAAAUUUCCAAACUUCACUGGUGGUAAAGCUGCAGGCACGCUGGACAGAUUUGUAGAGGAGAAGAGAAACGCCACAGAAAAACAUGAGAGAGAAAAUCUCACUCGUGGAAUUCUACAGUUGCAAGAUUCUCUGGAAAGUAUCGAGACAUUGUUAAAUCGCAUUGAGGGAAGUAAUGACACAACCAGAAAAGUAUUAUUAGAGAAAAUGGAUAACUUUUCAAAAACAAUUGAGGAUUUUUUAAACAAUGUAAGAGAGGGUAUAACAUGUCAGUUUGAGACUAUGCAGAGCCAAACACAAAUUGUGAUGGAGGAUAGGGAAGCCAAGAUUAGUCUGGCUACAAAAGACUUAAACUCAAACAUCCUUACCCUGCAUGGGGAUCUGGAGCAUCUGAAAGUAGUGCAGGGCAAGGACCAAGGCAUGCUAGGAGAGAUUCUGUCGCAGCUUGGCACUUUGAUUGCUAUUCACAAUCCGACAGCAGCACCUAGCCCUGCAAGAAUGAUUGAUAGUGAAGUCCAGACAUCCCCUGGACUGUUAGAGAGGUUCUGUGUCAUGUCGGCUGAAAAACACGAAGCCCUGAUGCUGUGUCCACUUAAAACACCUAAAGCACAAAACAAAAAUACACACGUCCUGCCUGUGCAGGGGCAGCAGCAAGUCAAACAAACAGAAGUCAGGUCAAAGCUUUUCAGAACAAUCCCACUUGUUGAUGCUCAAUCCAUUUCAUCCUUGGAGGAUCCUAGAAAUGAGUAUUUAGAUAGACCUCUUGUGCAUAUAGAACCAGAAAAACCUUUACAUGCAAUUGAAAACAUACAGAGAAUGUCCACUGAUGCUCUGCCACCACCAAAGAUCCUCAGAAGACGCCAAAAGGCCGUGAAUUACAGGGGGAAAAAGAGAGCCUUGGUUCUUCCACAAAGACAGUCAACGAGACAAAAAGGGGCUUUGAAGCUCGACAGUCAGCAGAACGAAGACCUUAAAGGUGAACAAAUAGACAGUGCACCUCCGUCUUCUGUUUGUGAAAGCUGGAAAAUGACCAACAAAUCUGUUGCAGAGAAUAAUUUAAAACCUCAACCGCAAGCCACUGUAGCCCCAGUCAGUAUGUGUGAAGCUGACCGACCACUAAACCCCUUCAGUAUAUGGUCUCAAGACACAAAUAACUCUCAAAUGAUUGUGGAAUACAAGAUGACCAAGUGGGAAACAAUGGUGCCCGAGGUCAGUGUCACAGACGGAGAGGAUGGCCUGUGGCAGCUCUUUGAUUUAAAUAAUGACUCAGAAUAAGAU